AUGGCUCAUAAAUCGCGAUACGGCGACGGCGUCGCCAAUUCGUCGCGACCGUCGUUGCAUGGCGCCAGAUGCCACUCACAGUCGUUCACUGCCGGCUCAAACCCCAACAGCGCACCCAUGGGCAACUUCUCGGGUCAGCGACGUCGAUCACAACCAGCUUCUUCUAGCUCUCAUAAGAAAUCAUACUCACCUCUCCCGGAGCCGUCAUUCGAUCUCAUGUCGACUUCGGCGCCUUCCCUGUUUGGUGACAUGAACUACCAAAUGCCCGCCCACCACUUCGACCACCAGCAAGGCUCUAAUCCCAUGGAUCCGGCUGCGUCGCCUUACGAUAUGUCUGGACUACCAGCGACCAGCUUCCCGGGCUCUUUCGAUCCUUCUGCUGAACAUUACCUGGCCCACGGUCUGCCCGCAUAUGAGACAGCGCCAACUGCGUACAACAGCGCAGAAUUCGCUGCUAUGAGCGCUCCUGAAUUGUCGUUUUCGCAUCCGGGUCUCGCUCCUAAUCCCACCAAGAUGAACUCACCUUUCAUUUCGAAUGGUCCAGUGUUGGCCCCGCCAGUAUCAAAUCGUCCGACGCCGACGACAGACUCGAUGAACAAGAACUCGCCACAAACUCCACGAAAGAUUAUCAGAUCGAAAUCAGCGGCAGCAGCGUCGCGCAACCAGCCCUUGCUGCCCGCUCCAUCUGGCGUGAAAACGCCGCCUCGCGCCCUUGGCCAACGCGACCCCAAUGCAAAUGCUGUCAAGCGCCACUUGCCCGAUUCUCCCACCCUCGAAACGACUUCGCCUAGGAAGGCACACAAGAGAUCAAAAACGGAUGAGCCCGGACGCCACCGCUCGCCCGUUCCGAUUCCUGAUGCCGAGUCAUUUCCAGCUGUCGACCCUGGAGAGGAAAACAACAAGCCGCCUUACACAUAUGCCCAAAUGAUUGCAUUGGCAAUCUGGAAAGCCCCUGCGCGGCGCCGCACCUUGGCUCAGAUUUACGACUUUAUCAGGACGACAUGGUGCUACUAUCGCAAAGAUGACACUUGGGAGAACAGCAUUCGACACAAUUUGAGCCUUCACAAGAAAUUCUUCGAAAAGCAGGCGCGGGCCAAGGACGACCCCGGCAAGGGAAACUACUGGCUGAUCAUUCCUGGAAAUGAGCGCGAGUUGCUCGACGUAUACCUGAAGGAGAGGUCGGGCACUGAGGGGGCCAUGAUUGGCAAGAGUAUGGCAGUGCCCUCAAGCUCCCGGCUGGAACCCUCAGCUCUACCUCCCCCUCGCCAGGAGCCAAUGUUGCCACCUCAGUCAUCUAAUUUCCAGCUGCAUCUUCCACCCCUCCCGAAGUUGCAACCACCAGCACCUGUCCAACCCGAGCCGUCGUCGGACGCCACCAUUCCUGCUUCUGACCAAGCUUUCGAGGAGCCUGAAGCAACGAAUGACCAUCAGGAGGAAUACAACUCUCUCGAUGCUACGUUGAGCUCUUCUCCCCCAUCCAUUUCUGGGCAUGUGUCUAUUCCUAGUGACACACCGACCCGCACAAACAGAGUUGCCGGCUCGUCCGGUCGCACAUCGGGCAAGCGCAAGCGCUACUCGAUGGUUGAUAGUGGCUACAUGACCGGUAUUGAGUCGUCCAUAUUGCGGUACGGACAGCAAAGAGCGCCUGUGUUUUCCUCCGAAGCGGACAUCCACCACUUCCAAGGUGGUGGCCGUGCCGAGGAUGCCAUCAGAAAAUUGCGGGCGUCUUCGCCGGUCAGUCCUUCUAAACCCAAGUCUCGCAUGCUUCCGCCGUCCUCCUCUCCUGUUGGCAAGGGCUCUCCGCUACGUUAUCGAGCCUCGCCUUCUAAGACAUCGGCGGUUGUCAAGACGCCCAUCAAUGGGAAGAAGUCUGUCGCACGCCUUACAGGUGCAACAACACUUGCACCGCCCAAGACGACUUCAAAGUAUAACACCUCUCCCAUCCGUCAGCACGACAAACUCAGGGCGAACAUUCGAGAGAUGCUCGAAACGCCACAGCAGGUUCGCGACUAUAACAAGAAGUUCCCUGGGAGACAAAGCAAGGCAUCAUUUGCUAUUUGGGAGGAUGAAGCAUCAGCGCCAGAAUCUGACUCUCCUCUGGCCAAUUCGGCCGGAAGAAUGCUUGAUGAGAUAAUGAGCGAAAAGCGAAACCGAAAACCUGCGGCUUCCCCUUUCAAAUUCGCGUCGCCUCUCAAGGCCUUCCCGCUGUUCCCACCCAUCGACGAGAACACUGCAUGGAACAUAACUUCUCCCAGCAAGCUCUUGUCCUCGCCAAGCAAAUACCUGCCUGAAGUUAGCAAACUUCCGGAGUAUGAUUCGGAGAACUGGAUCAUCACCGAGAAUGGCUUGGAUGCCGAGUUAGACCUUGAAAACUUCGGGUCCGAUGACUCGAACGCGUUGGAUCUUACUCAAACUUUCCGAAGCAUAGGCGAAGUCCCCACCGGUGCUGAAGCAUACGGACCUGCCACCCUGCGUCGAUUUGGCUAG